CCAAGCUAGUGAUGUAGUAUUGUGGUGUAUUUGACAUUUCAUUAGGACAGUGAGCUGUCUUAUGUUACCAUGGAAACUUGUGUCAUUGACAUAGUGGAUGACCAGUGGCGCAAGGAUCAAUUACCUUUUGAUGGUAAGAUAUAGUGAACAUGUCAUUUCUUCUGCACACAAUCUUCUACCAUAAUAAUUGUGUCGAUGUCUCGCUCUAGACUGGCCUUGCAAAUAGCUCAGGGAAACAUUGACUUCAAUUAGCCUUUCAGUUUAUAAUUAAAAUAAUGUUUUCACAUUGCUUAUAUUUUUCAUGUCGUUUUCAAAAAAUUACCCCAAAAAUGGCAUUUGGCGUUUGUGAGAAUUUAAAGGCUAUAAUUGUAUCAGUUUUGAAAAACUGUCUUGCAUAUGUAACAGUGUCAUUGUUAUAGCCAGACUGUUUGGUUUGCAUGUGUACCUGUGCAGAAGUUUCAGCUGAAUUUCUGUCUGUGCAUCUUCUGGAAACAGAAUCCACAUAUUUUGGAUAAAAUUAAUGCAUUUAUGCAGGGCCGGAUUAACGUUGCUCGAGGCCCGCGGCAGAUUUUAGCACGAGGCCCCUCAACCCUCCCCCCGUUAUGAAAACCUUUGCAAUUCAAAGACACACAAAAUUGUUAAAUAAUUGCUUUCAAUAUUUCAAUUGAUUGGCAUCAAUUAUAAACAAUUGCCUGCCUGGCCCAGUUGUUGGGUCAACAAUAUAAACAGGAUCAUAUAUAACAGAUCAGCACAACUGGAGAUUACAUGCAUACGAGUAUUGUAUAUUUUCCUGGGGUAAACUGCCAAUCCUAGGGGCCCUAAAUGCGCGAUGUCCCUAAUUCGCGAGGCACCUAUAAUGGGUGUAUCCUAAUAGAAAAUAGGCGUGUUUUUGUAAAAGUGAGCGUGGCGCAGUAAAGCGCGAGGCCCCCAUAAGCGUGAGGCCCGCGGCAUAUGCCGCAUCUGUCACAUGGUUAAUACGGCCCUACAUUUAUGGCACAUCAGGGCGCAUUGCCACUUAAAUGUUUUCUAUUUUGUGUGGAUUAUUUUUUAGACAUUCUCAUUCCCGAGAGAGAAUUGCCGCCAAGUGAUGACACUGACAGUACGUUUUAGUGUGCUUAUCAUAUAAUUACACUUAAAUUUUCUUUAUAUGUAAAAACAAAAACUUUGGGUCAUAUUCAUGCCAUAUGUUGUUACAUUUACUAAAUAUUGAUAUUGUUGAUGUUUAUAUAUUAGAUAUGGAUUAGUGUUGUUUUUAUUGGAUGUUAAUAAUUGUGCACUCUAAUUACCAGAUAUUGAUAUUUCCGAAACCAUGAGAGAACAAGAUGAAAAGUGGAUGGACCUUGGCCUUCAAAAUUUACAGGAAUCACCAAGACAUAAUUGAAUAAUUGUUUUGUCUAUAUAGCUAGAGAAGUUAUUUUGACAUUGUUUAUUUAUUUACUGCAUGUGUGGAUACAUUGUAUGGCCUCAUAGGUUUUUUUGCAGUUCACUAAAAAUAUAUUUGACAACAAUCAGUGAAUGGAAGAAGAAGACAUAUUGUUAGCACAGCAGUUUUCUGGGAAAUUGCAUGUUCUUGAAUAAUCUGACAUACUACAUUGAUAAGGUCAGGGUGUUCCAAAAAAACCGCAAAACCAUUGAAAUAACGUAUUGUUAAAAUUUGAAUUCCCUAACACUAAGCUGAGCGCAAAGAUGUGUAAAAUAUUGACAAGGGUGCAUUUAUAAAUAUUGACUUAUUAAGAAAUUAAAAUAUCUUUGUAAAGCGCACAAUUUUCUGCUCUUGAGAAUUUAAAACAGCUUCUUAAACGGUUUUCUUUGUGCAUAAAAUUUACUUAAGCUUUGAUACACGUGUGGGUUCAGCAAAGUGCCGAGGCAUUCAAAUUCUAACAAUACGUUAUUUCAAUAGUUUUCUUCGUUUUUUUGGGAAUAUUAUGAGAGAUAUAUACCCAAUAUUGAAUUAAUAAUGUUUCAUGAUUUCAACAUGAUACUUAUAUUACUGUUUCAUUGGCAGCCAUAUAGUUCAUGCCAACACAUAUUUUGCACACCAGGUAAAAGACGCACAUAUAUGAAACAAGGCG